AUGGUCACCGGCGGAACAUCGGGCAUUGGCUUCGCCAUUGCAGAGCGAUUCCUGCAAGAAGGUGCAUCGUCGAUCAUUCUGGUCGGCAGAUCCCAGCAGCGUCUUCAGACUGCAGCCGACCGUCUUCAUGCUUCGGCGGGUGCAAGAUCAAUACAGAGCGACAGUCAAGGUGCUUUGGAGACGGUCCGCCUUCUCGUCGGUGAUGUCGGCAAUGCAGGCUCAUGGAUACGUGAGAUAGAAAAAGAAAUGGCCAUGGUAGAUGUGCUUGUCAAUGCAGCCGGCAUCUCCAUCUCAAACAUACUCCCCAGAUCUGAGUUGGAAGAUAUCUCCCAGAUUCUGCGCACAAACCUGGAAGGCGCCAUUAUCACCUCUCGCGCUCUUAUACGCGCUGCGAUUCGCUGUCGGGUGCGUUCUCGCAAUAAAGAAUCAGUGGGCACGAAGCUUCCUUCAAAAUGCAUCAUCAAUGUCUCCUCGCUGCUGGCGCUCAGGGCCGGCACCGGCGCGGUCCCAUACGCUGCGUCUAAAGCCGGUAUUUUAGGAUUGACCCGGUCUGUGGCUGUUGAGUCGGCUUCUUCAUUAAAGGACCUGGCGAUAAGGUCCAAUGCCAUCGUGCCGGGUUAUAUCGAGACACCCAUGAUUGCAGGUAAGCAUCUCAGCUACUCCUGGAUGACACCCGCUGGGACUGACAAAAAUAUCUCUACAGACUUCACGCCCCGCGAGAUGAAUCGUUUGAAAGACAUGAUACCCCUUCAUCGGUUUGGAGAUCCACGAGAAGUAGCUGAUGCAGCUGUGUUCCUGGCGCAAAACGAGUAUGCCAAUAACUGUGUUCUCAAUAUUGACGGCGGGCUUAGCGCUGUUUAG